AUGGAAUGUAGCAAUUAGUAGAGCCAAAUGUAAAGUAGUUGUAAUUACAACAGAUGAAAUGUUAUACCCACAAAGUUUAGAAGUGUUUUCAAAUAAGAAAACAAGUGAGGGUUGGGUAUUUUUGAGAAUGAUUGAAAAAUGGGUACAGGAAAAAUCUUUAGAACUAAAUAAAGAAAAGAAAAAUGGUGGAUUAAUAGAAUGGAACAUUGAUAAUGAUGAAGUAGUAGUUGAAGAGGAUGAGACUGAAGAGGCAAAGGAAAUGGUGGCGAAAGCUGAAGUGGUAGUGGAAGAAGAUAGUGAUAAUAUAUAUUUAAAUUUGGGUUCAAGUAGUUUUGAUGAUGAUCAAAAGGUUCCAAAACUGCUAUUAUUGUCUUAA